AUGGCGGAUGUCGAGGCCGCCAAGUCGAGGGUGCGCGCGGCCGAGGCGGCGAGGGAGAAGGAGAGAGACAGCUUCGCCGUUGUCGCCGGCAAGGAGCACAGGCGGCGGAUGUCGGACGCCCUCGCUACGGCCGUCGCCGUGGCGGACGGGGUCACGGCGGAGGUGGUGGCGGACGCCGAACGGCUUGAGCGAGAGCGGGCGGCGAUGCUGGUGCCGCAGGUUUCGGCCCUGGUGGGCGGUCAGGCGUUCUUUAUGCGACGAUCGGCAACAGUCCUUGAGAAGCUAGCAGCACAGCUCCCCCACUCCGCCCUGGCUCUCUGUCGGCUCUUGGGGCCUCGCCCCAUGGAGAACCCCUUCACCCCUCCGCCCCCACCCAGGAGGAGCAGCAUACAGCAGACGUUCUCGACCUCCAUUGCCUCUGUCGACGUUUCUGGGCACUCGGCCGGCUCGUCUUCAACGGUUGUCCGGGGGUUCGACGGCGGCGGCAGCCGGGGCGGGGGCUCCAGCUCCUCGACGAUGGGCCUUAUUUCACCGCACCGGCAGGCCGCGACAACAACCACGCCGGCUCUUUCCCCCCCCGGCCUGCAGUCUCACGGCGCAAAGUUCGAGCCAGUAGGACUUUCGCCCACCGGGUCCUCGGCCUCGUCUCCGCCCCCCCCUCCGGCUGCGGUUGGCACUCCGGACCGUUCUCAAUCCUGUUCCCGACCUAACGCUAUGGCUCGCGGUGACCCCACGAGUACGAGCAAGAGUGCUGAAGCGAUUAACCCCGCAGCUGCUGCUGCUGCCGCCGCUGCGCCGGCCGCCCCCCUGUUGCCGCCACGGCCGGAGACCAGCGGUGGGAGGGCUGGGGGUGACGGGAAAAGAUGACGGCGGUGGUGCUGACUGUGAAGGCGUCCUUGGGUGAAUCAGUCCCCCGGCUGGGGACAGGGGCAGAUAGAUGUGUCCGGGCAGUGAAGCGAGGGGGCCCGUCGUUGCUCUUGCACGGCGAUGUUUCCGUUUUGUUGCAGCAGGAGUUAAGAUAUCGUGAUGUAGCUAUUAUAUCUAUAGUUUGUUAUUUUCUAGACUAGCAGCUAUGUACCGUGGUUUACUUUGAUUCACGUUAUUUUUUUGUGUUCAUUUUUUUCUGGCAGUCCGUGCGUUGUGCUUGCGCUGGUGCUGUCAGCGCGGUCGCAUUCCUCAACUGGCGUUCGUGCGGUGUGGUGUUUCGUUUGACCUCAGAAGCAAGCGACGAAUGGCUAUUGGGCUCACUUGCCCACCGCGGUUCUCGCUCUCGUCUUUGGCUCACUCGCCUCGAGGGGGGGUGCGGCUGGCUCCAAAGCAGCACCGCGCAAUGGGGGCUAGAGUAUUCGAACACGCCCACAGUGCCACACAAGCUUAAGAAGUACACGCCGUAGAAUGGAGUGGUGGUGGUGGUUUGUGUAAGCUUCGCCUGGCCAAAUGUAACGCGCGUGUGAUGUGCGGAUAGCGCGUCGCGGG